CGCUGGCACUGUGGGGAAAUCAUGGCUACUACGGUUCCCGUGCUGCUCGCCAGGGACCAGGUGCAUCGGCUCCUGCGGCACGGAGACCUGGUUUCCCGCCUGGAAGCGGCCCUGGGCAAGUUCUCGCGCCGCGGCUCCGAGGAGGAGCGUGAGGAGGUGGUGCAGCCGCUGCGCACCACGGUCCCGCUGCGGAAAUACCGCGGGUACCUCGGCCUGAUGCCUGCCUACAUGGUGGAGGAGGAUAUCUUGUGCGCUAAGAUGGUGUCGUUCUACGAGCGCGAGGAGGGCUGCGAUCUGCCGGCUCACGAGGCCACCGUGCUGCUGCUCGACCCCCAGCGCGGGAACGUCACCGCAGUUAUGGACGGGACAGCCAUCACCGAGAAAAGGACGGCAGUGGUUUCUGCUAUUUCCGCCAAGCUGCUGAUGCCAGCCCGUGCCGAGGUGCUGUGUAUCCUGGGUUCAGGAUCCCAGGCUGCCAGCCACUAUGAGACCUUCACGGAGAUGUUCUCCUUCAAAGAGAUACGUGUGUGGAGCAGGAGGAGGGAGAGGGCAGAGCAGUUUGCCAGAUCUGUCCAGGGUCCUGUCGCUGUGUGUUCCUCUGCAAAGGACGCAGCGCAAGGGGCUGAUGUCAUCGUCACCGUCACCAUGGCCACAGAGCCCGUGUUGCUGGGGGAGUGGGUGAAGCCAGGGGCCCAUGUAGUUGCCGUAGGAGCCUGCAGGCCAAAUUGGAGAGAGCUGGAUGAUGACCUCAUGAGGGAGGCGACGGUCUAUGUGGACAGCAGAGAAGGGGCUUACAAAGAGUCGGGGGAUGUCAUUCUGUCUGGGGCUGCUGUAUUUGCUGAACUUGGUGAAGUUAUAAAUGGAACUAAAGCAGCUCAGUCCGAGAAAACCACUGUUUUUAAAUCCCUAGGAAUGGGUAUUCAGGACGCGGUGUGUGCCAAGCUUGUGUUCGACCAGUGGAAGAGGCAGCAAUGAAUUCAGUGUCUGUGGUAGAGUUGAAAUAGUUGAGUCACUGACAGGACAAUGUAAUUCAUACUCAAAGGGUCACUUGGACUCAAGCUAGUACAUCCUAGUAAAACAGGCAAAAUUUCAACUUAAAAAAAAUAGCUCUGACCAUUUCACCUUUUCAUACCAUCUAGAUGGAUUUUUAGUAUAUUUUCCACCAACUACCGAUAAAUGCUAUCCAAAACAAAUUUUACACGUAUUAAUUAAUCAGUAUCUUCACUUUAGCCUGCCAAUAAGAUGUCAGUAUGAGUUGUCUGUUUUAGGGACAUUUUGACAAUGUUUAAAUUAUAAACAGCCUUUUUAAAAUGUUAUGAGUCAGAUUUGAACUUGGUGCACAGUGAUUUGGACCCCGACUCAGAAAUUAAGGACUAAUUAAUAUAACACUGCUGUGUGGAAACUGUGGCGGCAGUUUGGAUCUAUGGGAAAGAUUCCACAGUGGACUUUCUAGUGGGCUUCAGCCUUCAGCCCAGUAAUACAUUACCUAGAUGUGCACAGGUAAGCAUUUUUUAUUACCUUCUGUAAUGCUAUAUUCGUAAGCAUUUGAAAGAAGUUUUGCAGUCAGAUGUUUCUGAAAACGUACGUUAAUAUUUUACUUGACUGUAAACCAGUGGCAUUUAUUAUUGCAUAGUGGCUUUUACAAUAUGCACAGUUACCCCGGAGCACUUAAUACACUGUAUAAGGCAAUAUGAUUGACUG